GGCCAAGGAGGAAGCUCUGUGGUCCGGUCUGAGGGAACGUAGUUGAAGCUAUUUGGCGGAGCUGCCGCUUUUGUUGCUCUACCUCAGAUUCUCACAGAAUGGCAGUUCCUGAGACCCGCCCCAACCACACAAUUUAUAUCAACAACCUCAACGAGAAGAUCAAGAAAGAUGAACUGAAGAAGUCCCUGUAUGCCAUCUUCUCCCAGUUUGGCCAGAUUCUGGAUAUCCUGGUAUCACGGAGCCUGAAGAUGAGGGGUCAGGCUUUUGUCAUCUUCAAGGAAGUCAGCAGUGCCACCAAUGCCCUGCGCUCCAUGCAGGGUUUCCCCUUCUAUGACAAGCCCAUGCGCAUCCAGUAUGCCAAGACGGACUCGGAUAUCAUUGCCAAGAUGAAGGGGACCUUUGUGGAACGGGACCGCAAGCGGGAGAAGAGGAAGCCCAAAAGCCAGGAGACCCCAUCGGCCAAGAAGGCUGUGCAGGGUGGGGCCGCUGCCCCUGUAGUGGGAGCUGUACAGGGGCCUGUCCCGGGCAUGGGCAUGCCGCCGAUGACUCAAGCCCCACGCAUCAUGCACCACAUGCCAGGACAGCCGCCCUAUAUGCCGCCUCCUGGCAUGAUUCCACCACCAGGCCUCGCGCCAGGACAGAUCCCACCAGGAGCCAUGCCCCCGCAGCAGCUCAUGCCAGGGCAGAUGCCACCUGCCCAGCCUCUUUCUGAGAACCCACCCAAUCAUAUUCUGUUCCUCACCAACUUGCCGGAGGAGACCAACGAACUGAUGCUGUCCAUGCUCUUCAACCAGUUCCCUGGCUUUAAAGAGGUCCGCCUGGUCCCGGGGCGGCACGACAUCGCCUUCGUGGAGUUUGACAAUGAGGUUCAGGCCGGGGCAGCUCGCGACGCCCUGCAAGGCUUUAAGAUCACCCAGAACAACGCCAUGAAGAUCUCCUUUGCCAAGAAGUAGCACCCUUCCCCUGCCCCGGACUGCCCCCAACCCCGUCCUGGGGCCACCUCUGUCCCCCUUGGCUCAGUCCCUGAAGGUAAGUCCCCCUUGGGGGCCUUCUCAGAGCCGUGUGUGAGUGCGUGGUCGCCACACAGCAUUGUACCCAGAGUCUGUCCCCAGACAUUGCACCUGGCGCUGUUAGGCUGGAAUUAAAGUGUUGUUUUUUUUUUGUUUUUGUUUUUGUUUUUUGAGGUUUGUUUUUUUUC